AUGGGAAUUAUUGGGAAAUUCGUCAAGCUCACCACGUACGGCGGCGUGGCCACCGUCGGCGCGUUCUUCUGGAGCACGCGCAGAGACGUCUUCGUGCCCAUGCCACUGUCGGACCACAUCUUCCACUCCCCGCAGCACGUCAAGCUCAAUCCCUCGCAGAACCCGACGACGCAUGAUUUAUGUGUGCGCAGGGUGCCCUUGUCAGAUAUAAAUCCCACCCUGUUGGAGAAGAAGGGCAGGCUCGUGGAAGCGUUCUGUGCGGGUGUCUGGUCGGGAUGGGGAUACGCUUUCCAACGUGCAUACCUCGCCCGUAAAUACCAGGGCCCCGAGACCGCCUCGCAGCUCUGGGAGCCUGCCGACCUGCGAACGUCGUCCUACGAGGCCGGAACUCUGAUCACCGACCACUUCGAGGUUGUCGAGAAAACAUCCGAGCGCAUUCUUGUUCGCUGCGGCGAUACCCCGCGCAACCAGGACGUCAGAGCAUCCGAUGGUCUGUUUGAGAUGUCUGCCGUCGUGAAACCGGAUGAGGGGGUCGCCGAGUUCGCGUUGAAGAGCUGCUUCUUCCGCGGCCUGGGCAAGGCCGAGGGAGAACCCAUGCCCCCUCACAUCGCCUGGCUGCAUCGCCAGUAUACCAAGUUGUGGUUGGAGACGGCCCUGAGUAACGUCACCAGGUAG